AAAGAGAGAAUUUGAAAGUGGACUACCAAUGAAAUCAAUCUGUUCGAUUUCUACAGACAGAGCUUUUCAAUUCAUGCUUGUUUUAGCUUAACAGAAAAAUCGAACUGUAGAUUCACCGGAGUUGCUGAAAGCCACGGGGAAUCUCAUCUCCCUCCGAUCUCGCAGACGGUGGUCAGCCAUGGCCGUCGCCGGAAAUCCCAGGCCAAUCACAUUCUCAAUAGAUUCCCCGCCGCCUUCACUAUCCCUCUCGCCUAAUCAGUAUCACUACUGCAUCGAUGCACUGAAAUUCUUCAAGGAUAAGCUCCAUAAGCCACAAGAGAUCAACCGAGAAUAUGCUAUCUUACAGGCCAGUAAGAUAAGACAAUCAGAGGUGAGGGGUAGAUUUUCUGUGGCUAUUGGAAACAAGAAUAGAGCCAAAAAUAGAUAUUCAGAUGUUUUGCCUUUUGACGACAACAUGGUUGUUCUUAAUUCACACAAAGGUUGUGGACCAUCAGCAGGUGGUUACAUCAAUGCAAGCUACAUUGAGAUUUCAUCAUCAGAAAGCAUAUCUAGGUUCAUAGCAACUCAAGGCCCCUUACCUAAUACCUUAGAAGAUUUUUGGGAGAUGAUAAUUCAGAACCAUUGCCCUGUUAUUGUGAUGCUCACUGGAUUGAUUGAUAAUUACAAGAUGAUCAAAUGUGGUGAUUAUUUUCAGACGGAACAUGGCCCUAGAGAUUUUGGCAAUAUUUAUAUUACCACCAAAUCAUUUGCAUCAACUAACACUGGUUUGGAGAUGCGUCAUUUGGAGGUUAAUUACAAAAAGUCAGACAAACUGCCAUUGUCUGUUUUGCAUAUUCAGUAUCCUGAAUGGCCUGAUCAUGGAGUUCCCAUGGAUACCCUUGCUGUCCGUGAAAUAUUGAGACAAACUUAUUCUAUACCACCUAGUUCAGGGCCAAUUGUCGUCCAUUGCAGUGCUGGUAUUGGUCGAACUGGAACAUAUUGCACAAUUCACAAUACUCUCCAGAGAGUUUUUGUUGGGGACAUGUCUGCUUUGGAUUUGGUUGAAACUGUAAGGAAGUUUAGAUUGCAGCGAGCUGGGAUGGUCCAAACAUUGGAACAAUAUGUAUUUUGUUACAAAGCCAUAGUUGAUGAACUUGAAGAUCUUGUCUCCCAAUUCAACAGUUGAGAUAAUGUUGUGCUGUAAAACUCAAUGUUCAUUGACAGGCAAGAUAUGUAUCUUAGUUUUAUUUAUUUAUUUUUAGUGGUUAUAAUUCAGAUGCUAAAACUAUCUAUGUAUCAAAAAUGUCUCAUUUCACAAGCCAAAUAAAAUUGCUAGAGUUUAAAGGAGGGUAAUAUCUAUCCCCAUUUGUUUGAUUGA